CAGCGCCCAGGAGAAAUUUCUGCGGGUAGGCACAGCGCAUGCGUGUGAGCAAGCAGUCAGGGAAAGAGACUCCGUGACUUAGCCACGCCCUUCACUCGCUGCUGGGAAAAUGCCGGGUCACCGUAAGCUGUGGGGCUUCUCAGAACAGAGGUUGCGACGGCUUCAGCAUCAAAUGCGGGUCAAAGAAGAAAGAAUAGCUGAACUGGAAACAGAAAAUGCUAUUCUGCACCUGAAACUGGCAGAGUACCAGGAAAGGAUGAACAGGAGCAGCCAUGAAGCCUGGCCCUAUGCUCUGCUCAGAACGAGGCAGUGUCAGCAGAAACUUCAACAGGAUGUCAAGGAGCUGCGGAGUUCUUUUCUGGUGCUGUUACAAAGCCAUCAGGACGAGUACCAGAGCUGCCUCUCUGACAUAAUGGCUGCUGUGCAGGGGGUACAGCUGAGCAGCGAGGCUCUUCGAGCUUGUCAGUCAGAGGCUGCAGGUCUACAGCGGUGCUUACAGGAGCUGGAUUCACACUUCCGCCUGGAACAGCAGAGGAGGAGAGCCCUCCAUAACAGCCUGGUGGAGCUGAAAGGAAACAUCCGAGUCCACUGUCGCAUCCGUCCCUUUCUGUCAUUUGAUAAAGAGUCGGAUGGUUCGGCUUCACAGAACUGCAACACCCCUGGAGAAGUGGCCCAUGCUGUUGAUGAUGUAAGUAGCCCCUAGUGAUCAAACACUGGAAAUAGUUUUAAUGAUUUGAUGGCC